UAUCAAAUUAUUAAAUACAACCACAUCAUCCAUUCUAUUUAGAGAGACUCUAAAAAGUCUUUGUUAAUUGGCUUCUUCUCAAAUUAAACCAUGUUUGGCUCUUCCACUUUCCAAGAAACAAGCAAUAUUUCUCAUCAAACUAUAAACCCUAAUUUUGCCUUUUCUCCUCUCAUCAAUAUGAAUCAAGAUCAUGGCCACAAUAUGUAUCAAGAUUUUGACACUUCGUUUAUUGAUCAGUUGAUUAAUGAUGGUGAAGAAUAUUCCAGCUCAAAUAACAGCUUUAAUAGUACUUCACUUUAUUCCCAAAAUCCUUUCAUGCAACAAGAGAUAAGCACUAGUACCUAUAGUGGAAACUCAUCAGCUAGUUCAUUUGAUGCCACACCAACAAAUAUUCACAUGAAUGAAAAUUCAAGCAAUAAGGGGAUAGAGAAAGAAAAGAAGGCUGAAAAACAUGCAAUUGCUUUUAGAACAAAGACCGAGCUUGAGACCUUGGAUGAUGGAUACAAAUGGAGGAAAUAUGGAAAAAAGAAGGUGAAAAGUAACACAAAUCCAAGGGAAUACAACAUCAGAAAUGCACUAACAAAAUGGGGAAACCAAUUAAACAGGAAUUACUACAAGUGUUCAAGUGGAGGUUGCAAGGUAAAGAAGAAGGUGGAAAGAGAUGGAAUUGAUUCCAGCUAUUUGAUAACAACAUAUGAAGGAAAACACAAUCAUGAAAGCCCCUUUAUCAUUUACUGCGAUGAAAAGCCAACAGUCAGUUUUCACAAUGAUCAAUGGACUUUGCAAGCAGAUUCUUUGUGGUGAUCUUUGGAUGGGUCAAAAUCGAACUAGAAAAAUUUGAUACGCAUGAGACGAUUAUCAUGAGUGACCUGCAAAUUAAUAUGGGCAGUUUGACCGAGGUCGAUCAGUGGUCAACAGAAGUAGCUGCUGAGUGGUUCAUCAAGGUCGAGGUCGAGCAGCAUGGACAGAAGUAACGACUAGUAUAGCUUUGGAACCAACAAAAGGAAUAUUCUGUUGAAUAUUCUCUCUGUUUGUACCUUUUAGGGUUCUUUGGGAAUACCCCAUAUAAAUAAGAGGAAAGAUAAUGCAAAAGGCAUGUAAUAUUCCAUAUGAUAAGAAAACUUUCGAAAGUGAGCUCUCUAGAUAAUAAAAAGAACAAUUUUCUAAAGA